AUGAACUGUUUGCACGGGCAUGCAGGAGGGAUGGUGUGGCAUGCAUUGCUGAGGCGAACAGUCCCCCUUGUGCUCUCCCUUUCUCUUCCUUCCCUCUCUUCCCCCAUUCAUUCGUCGCACCAGGUGAUCUACACUACAGUGAUGAAGCUCUUUGCACGGGCGGGCAGGACGGACGGCGUGGCACGGAUCGCCGCCCUGCUCAGGGAGGAGGGCGGCAGGGAGGACGGCCUUUUUCGGCUGGAUUCGAAAACGAUAUGCGCGUUGAUCGCUGCGUACAACAGCAUGGGGGACCUGAAUUCUGCGCAGGAGGAGAUUGAAUCCGCACGAGAAGGUAUGCCCCCAGGCGAGUGGGACAUGGUAGUCUGGAACGCCAUGGUGGCCGCGUAUGGGCUCUCCAGCAGCACCAACCGCUCUCCACCACACAGAACCCACUCAUUGCUUCCCUCUGUGUUCCGUCAUUCACAGGUGUUUGAGGCGGCACGGGCAGGCACGCCCCCAGGCGAGUGGGAUGUGGUGGUGUGGAACGCCAUGGUGGCUACGUAUGGGCGGGCGGGCAAGGUGAGGCAGGCAGAGGAGCUAUUGCUGCAGAUGGAGGCACAGGCGGACAGGGGUGACGGGCGGAGUGAGGGGGAAGAAGGGGCACGUGGGGUUGAUACAGGGGAGUGGGGGAGUGUAGAGCCUGAUUGGGGGAGUGCGGAGGCAGAUGGGGGGGGGAGCGUUGAAGCGGAUCGGGUGGGCCAGAGCAUGGGAGAAACAGGGGGAGCGGAGUCAGUGAGUAGGGUGCAAAGGGGUGCUGCUGGGUCGAUUAUUUCGUCGACUAGAAACGUCAGCAGGGUGCAAGGGGACGUUGAGGCGUCUCAAGCGACUUGUGAGUCGACUCAAGAGCAUCUGGGCAGGGCCGCGACAGAGGCAGAGGAUUCGGCUUCAGAGGCGCCUCAAAAGGCGUCUGAGAAGUACAUGGACUGGGUGGCAGAGAGAGAGGAUUUGCUGGUGGUGCAGAUGGGUGCAGAGGGGUUUGAAGGAGAGGCGCUGCAAGGGCGAGCGCCUGGCGGUGGUGCUGACAGUGCUGACAGGGCUGGUGUUGCUGUAGGAGCUAAGGAACCCAGCCUCACCCAUCUCCGCUCCUUCAACCUGCCCUUUCCUGCUCCGAACCAGCUUCGAUGGGCUCCGAGCCUCGGCCAGAGGUUCAGAGCAAGGCUCGGGGCGGGAGAUGUUGACAAGGCAGAGAAGACGUUUAAGGUAGGCUUGAGACGAGGUCUUGAAGUGGAUGGGGAGGCAUUGAAUGCGUACAACUCACUCCUGAACGCGUAUGCGAAGGCGGGGGACGUGGACAAGGCAGAGAAGACCUUUAAGCGUCUCAUGGCUCGCGGAUUCUACCACUCAACCGUCACAUUCAACACGCUGUUCUCGCUCUACGCCUCGCUGCCCUCCUCCUCCUCCUCCUCGCUCUCUGCUGCCCGCCGCCUGCACGCCCUCAUGCUGCAAAUGGGCGUCCCCCUGGACGUGCCUCUCCACGUGUACUUGUGCUGUUCUUUGAGUGGCCUGCUCAGCCGGUUUUCACCGCUAACACCCCCUUGUCUUGCUCUUCUUCCCCCACCCUCUUUGUGUCUGCUUCUCCCACCCACCCGCACUCCCCAGCGCCUCAUGGCACGGGGGUUCUACCCGUCAACAGUCACAUUCAACACGCUAUUCUCUCUCUACGCCUCGCUGCCCUCCUCCUCCUCCUCGCUCGCUGCUGCCCGCCGCCUGCACGCCCUCAUGCUCCAAAUGGACGUGCCUCUGGACGUCUACUCGUGCUGCUCUCUCAUUGGCCUGCUCAGCCGCUCCGGGCAGGUUGAAGAAGCGGUCGGGCUGUUUGAAAGAAUGAAGGCGCAGGGCGUGCAGGUGUGUGUGUGGGUGGGGGUGUGUGCAUGGGUGGGGGCGUUCAGGUGUGGGUGGGUGGGUGGGGUUGAAGAAGCGGAUGGGCUGUUUGAAAGGAUAAAGGCACAGGGCGUGCAGGUGCAUGCUUGUGCGAGGGCGGGUGGGUGGGCGUGGCGUGGGUUUGGGUGUAAGUGGCCGGACUUGCACGUGUUCAGUGCAAUGAUCGCCAUGUUGGCCCGCCGCCACGGCAAGCCGGACUCGCACGUCUUCUGUGCAAUGAUCACCAUGUUUGCUCGCCACGGCAAGCUGGAGUACCAAGGUGCAACCAACCAGAGCCUACCUGUUCAAUCCCUUUCCCCCACCAACCCUCCCCCCCCACCAGCCGGGCUCGCACGUGUUCAGUGCAAUGAUCGCCAUCCCGACUCUCAUGUCUUCAGCGCAAUGAUCGCCAUGUUCGCGCGGCACGGCAAGCUGGAGGCCGCGCUGAGAACCUUCCAGGAAAUGAAGGCGGCAGGGUGUGCAGUGGACAUGCCCGUGCUGACGUCCAUGAUCGGCGUUUACCACCGCUUGGGUCUGCUGGAAGAGGCUUCUACAGCUGCAAUGGACGCUAUUGUGAGUGGAAGUUUGAGCUUCGCUGCCCUCCCUUCCCCUCCCACCCCAGACUCAGGGCAGCGGGCAUCUGGACUGGAUCCUGUGAUUGCCAGCACCAUCAUCUCCCUCUUCUCAUUCGCCAGUCUCCCUUUCAUUCCCAACUUCCCAAUUGUCCUCUCUAUGUGCCUCCCUCUUUCUUUCUAA